AUGGGACUGCCUGAGUCUGGCAAGAAGGGCGCUGACGCCGAUAAGGUCAAGAAGGCCAAGAUCGCAGCCAACAGUGUCAAGAAGGCAACCACCGCCAAGGGUUACAAGAUAAGGCACAACACCCAUUUCUUCAGGGGGCGUACCUUAUCAUUGCCGAGGAACCCUAAAUACAGGCGUCAUUUGCGCACUGCACUCUCUAAAAAGCUUGACAAAUUCUCUAUCAUCAAGUACCCACUAACAACGGAGAAGUCCAUGAAGAUGAUCGAGGAAAUCAACACCCUUGUCUUCAUUGUUGACUCACGUGCUAACAAGAGGAAGAUCGCCCAGGCCGUAUCUGACCUUUACGAUGUCAAAUGUGUCCGUGUGAACACCCUUAACAGGCCAGACGGACGCAAGAAGGCUUACGUCAGGCUUUCACCUGAUCAAGACGCCCUUGACGUCGCAAACAAGAUCGGUAUUAUCUGA